GCCGUGCCGCCAUUAGCCCCGGCAGCGGGCGCCCGCGGCGCUUUGCGGGCAGGCGGCGCUGAGACGAAGCGUCGAGGGCCCGAUCGGUGGACGAGGGCCGGGGCGAGGGCAGCGGCGGGGUGGCGCGGGGGUUGCUGUGGCGGCCGGGGCGGCGCGGGAGGCGGCGGGCUGCGUGGCACGGGCGGCCGCGGUGCGGCCCUUGGGGCGGGGAAGGUGCGGGGCUGCUUCCUCGUCUCCUCUGCGCGGUGAGGGUCUGCUGCGGGCUGCGGGGCGGUGGUGGGCGCUCACUCGCUGGUGGGCGUGGGCUUUCUUUCCUCAGGCGGCCCGGGCUUGCUUUCUGUCAGGCCGGGCUCCUCCGGGGUGACCCCUGAGGCCUUAAGGAGGUUGCGCUCCUCUCUUGGUUAGGCCUGUGCCUGCCUUAGGUGCCAGGCUAGCUGGGGUGCCGCUGUUAAAGGUGCACUGGUGAGUGGGUUUUGUUGCUGAUUCUAGGCACAUACGAUGCCGCGGUUAAGGUCAGGGAAGGUGGUAACUGGCAGUGACGUGAACUUGACUGACAGGAUGGUCCCCAGCCCAAGCUCUCUGUGCGCGGGGGUAGGAUGCGAGGCAGGGAACGUGUUGGUAGUCAAGCAGAGUUGUCACCUGCCACCAGAGAGAAAACCUGAGCAGCCCUUAUCUUGCUGUCUGCAACCUGUCGUGCUCUCCAGCAUUCUGUGCGAACAGUAUGCUCCUCCUGCACACAUGCAGAAGGAGCAAGGUGAGAGUAGCCAGAGACUCCCAGGUAAAAAAACCAAGCAGAUACGGUGCAGGAGGGUUGCCAGAAUCAGCAAGGGUCUAGAGCUGCCAAUUUCAGACACUGCUAUAUGUGAAGAUUGGCAGGCAGCAACUACGGCUGCAGUCACUUCCUGGGAAAAGACUGGAAGGACAGGGACAGAACAAGGUCAACAGCCAUUUUUCUCAGAAACUAGUUUGCAAAAUAAAUUCUUGGCAGGGAUUGAAAGAAAAGAACAGAACUCAGAAGAACUAAACUGCUCAGCAUUCCAGGAGAGUUCAGGGAUUUCAGGAGAAAAAGGCAAGUACUGCUUUAUGGAAAUAAAAUUACAAAUCCCAUCCUCAGAGGAGGAAGUCGAGAGCAUAGAGAGACAUGGAAUUUCCUGUUUGCCAGAACCAGAGGUGCUGCAACCCAGAAACAGCAUAUAGAGUACUGAAAUGAAAAGCACUCGCCUCAUAAUGAUACUGAAGAUGCAAAUCCCAGAUCUUAAGAAGGCUCAGGAAUCCUUGUCUCAACCAACACCUCAGGAAGAAGUAGUUAGGCCCAAGAAGUCAGAUGGGUGUUCUUUGAUUGGAUCAAGAAAGUCAGGGACACAGGAGAAAGGAAAGAGAUGCUUGAGCAAGAAAGGCAGGGCACCCUUGAUGAAACCAAAACUACAAGGUCCCAGAGAGAAGGGUAGAUGUGCCUUGCUGGAGCUGCAUACACAGCAUCCAGAGUCCAAGAAAGCUGUGAGUCUGGGGAAGGACGGAAAGGCUUUGGUGUCACAGUGGCUACAGGGUUUGAAGGAAGAAUGGAAUGCAAUUGAGCAAGAUUCUGGUACACAGGCUGUGAAGAAACUUAAGACAAAUCAAAAUCUGUCAGAAGAUUCUAAGGAAAAGGAACCUCACUACUGUAAAUCUCCUACAGUUGCUGCUUUAGGUGGGACCCAAAGCAAGAACUUUCUAUGCCAUCCUGUAACAAAAAAGUCCGGUGCGCAGUGUAAAAAAAGGAAACCCAGAACUGAUCAAAACAAGUGCUUGCAAAGUUUUAGCGUGACUACAGCUGAAGAAGUGAGAAGUGUAUCUGCAAAAUGUGAUGCUGAACAUUGCAGAAAAGCCCUAAACCAUUGCAGUGGCUUGCUCUGUGCAGCAGGAAAGAAUCCAUUUGUGAGAUUAGAGGCCUGUAGUUACAUCAAUACAUUUGUGAAAUCUUCAGCUAGUGGAACUACCAGCAGUUAUAAAUUAAGUGGGUUCUUCCAUAUAGCCCAGGAUAAAGGAAAGCGUGUUUUUCCUGAUGGUACUGUAGAACAGAGGGAUAUGAACUGCAGCACUAGUAGAAUGCAAAAUGAAGGAUCACCCAUAAAAGGUGGUUUAUUGUUCAAUAAAGAAAAAACUCAAAACAGAGAAGAGUGUUUUUCAUGCUGUCAGAGUGAAAGCAGUAAGUGUUUAACAGGAAGAAAGUUGAAUAUUGGUAGAAAGCCUAGGAAAAAGAGGAAAAUCACUGAGAAAUCAGCAGUGCAGAAUAUUUUCACAGACAUGGCUAAUGGCAGUGAGUAUGAGUUACAAACAGAAGCGGCACUUGCCAUGUCAAGUUCCUUUGAUGUCUUGGGACUAAAUCGUGAAGAAAUUACUCUGUCAGGUUCAUGUAAUCGUACAGCAAAUCUUCAUAUAGGAAGAAAUACUCAUGAAGCACAAAAUGCAUCAGUCUGGAGAAAAAAGAGUACCAAAUUACUUGCAUUUGAAGAUGGCUUUAAGAAGACAUCGGAGCUUGCAGUAACAGCAAAAGAAGAAAAUUCAAACAGCGUGGCACAUCAUUCUGCUGGCUCAGGCAGCCUGAGAGUGCUGGCUGAGGUCCAUGGUGUUUCUAACAGUCACAAAAGCAAGACAGCUAAAAAAUUGAACAAAGUUAAUAAGAAGUUGCAGCAGUUUACCUGUCAAAGAACAGUACCUAUGACUGGUAAAAAUGUUUGGCAUUUUGAAUCUUGUGCCAGGACUUCUGAAUGGGUUCAUAAAAAUCUUGGGUCUAGCUCAGAAGGAAAAAGACUUGCAAGGGCUGCCUUCCAGGAAUCCUCUGAUAAAAGCAGUGUUGAAGCUGUAGGAAGCAAUGCUGUGACUGGGAAUUUGAGACAGUUGGAUUUGCCUAUGUCAUUGGAAGAAAUUAAUGAAGAAUCUACACGCGAAAUAAUAGAUUCAAAUACUGAAUGUCUCACUUUACUUGAAACACUAGGAUCCUCUCCCAUGGGUAUUGAUGAGACUUUGAGAAUGAGCAAUGAAAUUGUGCAGUCCCCAGUUAAUAUGGAUAGAAGCGCUGUGGCUUUUAGCCAUGAUGAUGUGCAAGAAGUUAAAGCAACCUUGAAUUUUACAACAAAGCAAAGAGAUAAAAAAAAGGGAGCUGUAACAAAAACAAACCUGUCUCUGACAGUCCGGAAAGGUACAUCUACACGUGACACAAACAGAAAAAACUUGAGCGGUAAGACAUCAGUAGCGAAGCAGGCAUUUUCUGAUUUAAAGCUAAUGAAAACAUUAAACACUGAAAACCUGACAAAAUUCAAAAUUCCUUUAUGCAGAAGCAAACCUGAAUCCAGGAAAUUGGAAUCUGUCCAUUCAUUUGAAAGAAUAACCUACAGUCCACUAGAGCUUCUUGACAGCAGUAGCAUUUCAACAAGGCAGAAGAUGAAUGAAGAGAAUUUCUUGGUAAAUUCUGAGCAGCAGCCCCUUCCUAUUGCGAGUGAUGCUACAUCUACAGCUUCCACAAAGGAAAAAGCAGAUGAGAUCAGCAGUAAGGACUUCCAGCAUGAUGGCUCUAAAAACCUUUCAACCUUGUCCACUCUCUCUGAACAUUCUGCUUUAUAUCCACAUCCUUUUCCUGACGGACAGCCAGAGUCACCUGUGCCUGAUUUCCAUGGUACUGAAUGUGUACUAAAAUCUGGUUUUCCUGAUCAUUCUUGGAAUGCAGCUGACCACCCUGUUGCAUUAGAAAUAAGUGAUGGUAGCAAAUCAAGUGGAACUCUUUCAGAACACCAAAGUCAGAAUAUUCCAGAUAUUCUUGAAGCUUACAAGGAAGAUGUUCUUGUCAUUGAUGUGAUUCAGGAUGACCCCGACCUUUUUGGAUACAAUAAUGAAGAGAAGCUUGAACUUGUAGAUUGUGAAAGUUGUUCUGUGAAGGAAUCCUAUGAUGAUAGCAUCUGCAUUAAAGAUGAAAAGCAGGAUCUUCAGCCUGAGUGUCCUGUUACCUCAGAAAAUAGAGAUUCAGUAGAUGAUAAUUUUAGACACAUUACCAUACAGGAAUCUGGAAUGUCAGAUGAUACUGAAAUUUCCUGUGAUUGGGUGCUAAAAGCUAAAGACACUAAAACCCACAACUCCUCCAGAGAAAGCAGUCCGCUUGCAAGUGUUACAGGUGUUACCGGGGGCUUUCUUGAAGAUGGGCAACCAAGAGAACUAGAUGAAUUUCUGAAGAGUUUUGACGUGGAUGAAAAGUUCAGGUUUGCAGAUGGAGUGCCUGAUGUUAAAGAGGAAAAAAAAGGUGAAGCUGAAAAAAGCAGUGACUGUAAAUACAAAGACCUUGUGAACUGUGGAUUGCUAUCAGGAUUGCCAUUGCCUGCCCCUAAAAUAAAUGUCCUCAGUGAAACUACAGAGGUGGAACCCCGGACAAAUGAUUACAGAUUUUCAGGAAAAAGUCUUUUACUGCCCUUGCAAAAUUCUGGAGAUUUUGAGCCAUGGAAGGUGGAAAAAAAUGCAAUUGCUUCUCAUUCAGUCCAGCAGAUCCUCGAGAUGAUUGAAUUGCCCCGUAAAUAUUGCAGAUAUUAUUUCAUGACUUUGCGGGGGUGUGAAAGAGCAAAAUGUUGGUUUUGGCACGUUCCUGAACAAGGAGAUGAAAAGGUUUGCAUGACAAUACUUAGGACAUACAUUACUAUCAAAGAAUCAGGCCUUCUAAAACGCGCAGUCCAAAUAUUUGUGAAAUAUUACAGAGAAGUUACUCCUGGUGUGGAUUUUGCUUCUCAAGUGCUGAAUGAUCUUCUGGUUUCUCUGCUCAAGAAAUGUUUGUUGCACGAAGUAUUUCAGAUACUGAAUGUCACUGUACAAAUCAGUACACUGCCAGCUGUAGAUGUUCUUCUGAAAAUUUUUGAGCAUGUGGCUUCUUUGAACAUAAGAGAUGCGGUGCCUACGUUAAUCAGUACCUUUUGUAAGCUCAUUGAUGCUGGUAUGUUCCUUGAGUCUGCACAUUUUGACUGUAUUAUUAAGUACCUUCACCAACUGAAAGUUUCCAGUCAGGAACUAAAUACUGUUUUGAAUAUAAAAUCCAGAUUUCAGGAAAGACAUUUUGAAAAGAACUGGGUUUUUGACUUCAACUUGGCAGUGGCUGAAAUUCAGCAUUGCAAAGAAAAAAAAGAUUGGGCCAAGCUGGGAGCUUUGUUUGUUAAUGCAAGAACUGGCUGUGAACAUUUUGAUGAUCUUCAGAAAUUGUCUCUAUGUAUUGCUGAAAUACUAACCAAAGACUCUGAGACAGACAGACCAGAAGUUCCUUUUUGUGAUUUUGCUGAUGCAGUAGCAAAAAAUUCACAACAUAAUGAAGCAGACAGAAUUUUCAUUGGAAGGAUUGGGAUAAGUGUAAUGUAUUCUUAUCACAAAGUACUGCAGUGGAUAAAGGGAAGGAAGGUUUUGGAUAAGUUGCAUGAGCUACAGAUACAUUUUACAGUCUUGAAAGGCCUCAUAGGUGCAGAGAAGUUAGCAUCAAGAUGCCAAAUUGUUAAUAAAGCUGCAGAAAUUUUUCUUAAAACAGGAAGUUUGGAUGGAGCAACAUGGGUAUUGAGAGAGUCAGAGUGGACCACAAAUACACCAUUGUGGCCCUGUGAUAAAAUGGACAUCCUCAGUCGACAUAAUCUGUUAUGUACACUAGUGCAUAAAUACUUGAGGAAGAGUUUAUACAGGCAGGCAUUGGAAGUUCUGCAGAACUUACCAGGUUUUCAAAAUCAUUCUGAUACUGUAGAUGUUUCUCAGUACAGCUGCCUUUUUAACAAGCUGAUAAAUGCCUGUUUUGAGAGCAAGAACCUUGGGGUCUCAUCUUCUGCAGUAGACUUCAUGCUUUCAAAAAACAUAGCUAUUGAUUUUUUUUUACUUAGAGAAUUAAUCACAGCUUUGGGAAGAAGUUCUUUGUGGUCUAAAGCUAGGACCUAUUACAAAAGUGCUUUAUCAUUGGGUUGCUACCCACCACCACUGCAGGGAAAUUUGUAUCACAAACUCCUGAUGAUUCCGUCUUACCUAUCAGAGGUUGAGAUGCUGUUGGCCAUUGAAAUAUUUCUUGUUUCAAAUGCCAGUGAUAUUCAAAGUCCAAUGGCCACUAGUCAGACUCUUCAAAUAAUACUGAAAAGAUGUGCAGAUCAGACAGUUCAGAAUAGCAGUGACUACCAGGCAGCAGUGGAGAGACUGGUCCUGGCUGCUCGUGUAUCUGAUCCAAAGCUUUUUCUCAAGCAUAUGACAAUGAAUGUUAAUAUGGAAGAAGUUUACAGCUUGGAGCUUACAUCUGCUCUAAAGUGGCUUCAGGAGAACAUGAAAUGGGCUGGGAAAGUCUGGCUGUUUCAGUAGUUAUUAAAUAGUCAAGACUUUUGGGUUUUAAUGGUUGAAUCAAUCAUUGUUGAAAAUAACACAAAUUAAUAAAGGCAGUUUCCCCUGUGUUCA